AUGCAACACCUCCAAGAACUUGAAGCUCGUCUCGAUCAACUCAUCUCCGAAAAUCGACUCCUCAUUGCCGCUCGUGAAGCCGCCGAGGAUAAACUUCGGAAUGCUAGUGUCGCCCGUCGGAAGAGCGACCAUACACUCAACGAGCGCAGUGCCGACCUACGUGACAGAGAAGCCGAGGUGGAAAAUCUCAAAAAUUCCGUGGAAUGGCUUCAAAAGGAAGUGACCCGCCUAACAGAAGAGAACGAAGGGCUUGCUACGACGAACUCCAACCUGACCACCGCCCAUGCCAAGGAAAUUGAGUCGGUGCGCGAAUCGUCCUCUCGCCAAUUGGACGACUUGCGCUCGAGAUAUGAGCAGCUCUCAAUGGAAGUGCAGAACACAGAUAAUGAACUGCGACGGCUGAAGGAAGAGCUUGAGACCGCUCGGGAUAAGGUGUCGCAGUUACAACAACAAAUUGCGGCAUCUUUGCAUGAUAAUGUUCUCGUCUUCCGCGAUGAGGAUUACUUUGAUGCUGCAUGCCAAAAACUGUGUGGACAUGUGCAGCAAUGGGUGUUGCGGUUCUCCAAACACUCUGACCAUCGACGUUGCCGCAAACUCGCUGAGAUGCAGGACGAGAAGAUUGCGGACCGCUUCGACAAUGCGAUCCUGGACGGCUACGAUACAGAUACCUACCUCGCCGACCGUGUUCGUCGCCGCAAUGUCUUCAUGUCGGUGGUGAUGACCAUGGUGUGGGAGUUUGUAUUCACACGGUAUUUGUUUGGCAUGGAUCGUGAGCAACGCCAAAAACUCAAGUCCCUGGAAAAGCAACUGAGCGAGGUUGGUCCACGGAGCGCUGUCCAUCGUUGGCGCGCAAUUACUCUUACCCUCCUGUCGAAGCGACCGGCAUUUGCUCGUCAGCGUGAAAGCGACACGGAAGCGGUUGCAUUGGAAAUCUUUGGGACUCUGUCGCGUCUCCUCCCACCCCCAAGCCAUGUCGAAGCGCAGCUCUUGGAGUCUCUACGCAAGGUUCUCCGGGUUGCAGUCAACCUGUCAAUUGAGAUGCGCACGCAGCUGGCCGAAUACAUUAUGCUGCCGCCACUCCAACCCGAAUACGACACAAAUGGAGACUUAGCACGGCAGGUCUAUUUCAACGCCUCGUUGAUGAACGAACGCAGCGGGGAGACAACCUCGAAUGAGGAGCUGGAGUCGCAGCAAGCAGUCGUCCGGGUCGUCUUGUUCCCGCUCGUGGUAAAGAAGGGCAACGACACAGGCGAGGGUGAAGAUGAAGUAGUUGUCUGCCCUGCUCAGGUGCUUGUCGCUCGACCCGACAAAGAUCCAAGGGCCAGCAAAGUCUUCAGCAGCGACCGCAUGUCACUGGACGGAACCAAGUCUGCGUCAUCCCCUACAGCUUCGGUACAGUGCAACUCUUCUCGUGAAUUCUCGUCCAGAGAGCCCCGAUGA